AAACGUGAAGUGAUAUGCAUGAAAUUUUUCACGGCUGCCAUAAAUAAGUUUGUCAACCGUUGAAAGACUGGGAGUGAUGAGGUCGGUGUAAAGGACUGAUUCAGUUCUAACGCAGGGGCGACGGUUUAUUGGGUAUAUAUUGACGAUUUAUUGAAAUUGACGCAUCGGUCGAUCAAACAAUUAUUCGACGUCACAUGCAUGAGCAACCCGAUUUGUGCACAACGGCAAAGAGUCAUGAAGUCGCGCUAACGAUACGACUACUGCGUCUACUAUGAAACUACUGUUUCAUGACAGCGUUCUACUACUCGGAAAUAAUAAUUGACAAGUGUAGGUCGUGAUGGGUAGUGGUUGCAGUUUCUAAUUGCAAGUUACUGUAGCAGUUGCAGGAGAGAUAACGAUGAUAGUGAUAGUGCCCGUGAUGAAGGUGGAGCGAAAGGAUGUAGUGGAGUAGUGGUACUGGUGCGCCGGAGGUGGUGGUUGCGAUAAGUGUGGGGGACUGAAUGCACGUUUCGAAUUUUGUGUCCCACAGUCCCACGUCCUAUAAAACAGUUUCUCGUGGCUGAACGUUGCUGAGGACGUGCGGUAUUGUCUAAGGCGUCGAGAAUCGUAUAAAUCGUACAAUGUUGAAGGAUUGUACACCGAUCAAACAGGCGCUCCUAGGAACGUUAUUUACGUGGGCUCUCACCGCAGCGGGUGCCGCACUUGUCAUUGUUAUCCGGGGAAAGCAACGUAAAUUGUUGGACAUCAGCCUAGGAUUCGCCGCCGGCGUAAUGAUAGCGGCGAGUUACUGGUCGCUGCUGGCACCUGCUCUCGAAAUGGCAGAAAAGAGCAAACUGUAUGGAGCAGAGGGUCAAUUCGCGUUUAUACCAACCGGAAUCGGUUUUCUCGUAGGCGCGGCAUUCGUUUACGGAACGGACGCGUUGAUAUCUUCUCUUGGCAUUCAGUCCCCCAAUGUGCUUUUAGCUAUGCAAUCAGUGGGUACGAAACAAAAACGCAAGAUUGUUGCAAAACUAAAGAGUGACGAGGAUUUAAACAAUUAUGAUCCGUAUAACGGCGUACAAAUAUCCGAUGGGAAUAUGUACACUCGAUUCGAGUCGACCACCAUCGAUGGUUUUUACGAGCAAAACGCUCGUCGACGUCAAGUUGCAAAUACGAACGGGCCAGCGGAACAAGGGGAUGUGGGUACAGUUUACGAGGAUCCCAACAACGAAUGUAAAAAUAAUCAAUGGAGGAGAGUGUUGCUACUGAUAAUAGCUAUCACGGUGCACAAUAUACCAGAAGGUUUGGCAGUCGGCGUCGGAUUCGCUGCUAUAGGCAGUAGCGAAUCAGCAACCUUUGAAAAUGCAAGGAACCUCGCGAUCGGCAUCGGUAUCCAGAAUUUCCCCGAGGGACUGGCGGUGGCUCUGCCCCUUCAGGCGGCCGGGAUUAGCACCUUCAAGAGUUUCUGGUACGGGCAACUCUCGGGGAUGGUGGAACCGCUCGCAGGCGUCCUUGGCGCAGCCGGAGUGACGCUCGCUGAACCUGCGCUGCCUUAUACGCUCGCCUUCGCGGCCGGUGCAAUGAUCUACGUCGUGAUCGACGAUAUCAUCCCGGAAGCGCAUCAGAGUGGAAAUGGCAAAGUCGCCAGCUGGGCCGCAGUCGUUGGUUUCUUGAUAAUGAUGUCCCUAGACGUCGGAUUAGCGUAAAAUUGUCGGUCGCCGCGAGAUUAAAGACAUUUACUGCGGCACGGAACUCGAUUCCUAGUUUUUAAUUUCGUGUGUUCCAUCGUGAACUCCCAUGAUACGCCGUGUGUAUCGCGUGUCGUCCCUGGUCGCGAUCGAGAUUGGGGUUCGCGCGUUAACAACCUCGAGAAUCGAUAAGAAUCUCGAGAUCGUGCAGAAAGAUCUCGUGAGUUCAAUUCCGUUUCCCGCGUGAAAAUGAUCGAACCUCGUCUUCCAUGAAUCUAGCCUUUCUCGGUCCGAUUCAGAAGUCAACUAGAUCGAUCCGGCGACGACCUUUCGUCAAUGCUUUGCGAGAUUCUACGCCGUACUCAACUGCGACCGAGGGAACGUAUCAGGCGACGUAUCUUAUCCAAUCGGUUCAUGAUCGAUUUGAGAAACCCUGACGAGCUGAACUAGUGCAAUCGAGACACACGCGUAUCGGCGCACCGACUUAUUUUCUAGAUGCAUAAGUUUAACUCCAUCUCGUCAUAUAACUUACCCAUACAUCAUGUUUGCAUCAUACACACAAACACACACAUAUUCAUUAAUUUUACUUAUUUUUUCAUUCCUCUACUUAGAGCUUGCACGCGUUAUUUGUGCACAGAAGAAAUUAAUUAGUGUGCGAUCGAUUCAGAUCGCUUAUUUAAAAAUGAAAGCCACAUGCACACACAAUAACAGUAUCAAACGUUCCUAUAAAUGGAUUCUUGACGGAGGGUUCAUCGACGAUCUCCGUUUCGGGUUCGUCGUCAGAUCGAAGUAUUGCAAGUUCAUUUGUCCGAUUCCUCUUGUCGACGUUCAACGGACGUACAUACCUUGCUUUCUUAACCCUUUGCACUCGAGCGGUGACUCUCGCUCACCAAGACGUUAUCUCACCUUAAAUUUUAUUGUGGCGCUUUUAGCGAGACAGGCGACGUGUGUAUAAGACCCUAUAAGUGUAAAAUGAUACUCCUUUAAAUGGAGAUAAGUUUUUCGUAUCGGAACCUUAGUCUGUAACGACAACCGUGCAUCACUUUCGACAUUAGUUCGAACUUGACAGUCGCGCCGAAAGAUUAUAAUAAUAGAAAGUGGAUAAUAGAAAAAAGAAUACUGUUCUAACGGGAGUUAAGAAGGAUUGCAAAGUCUGCUCGCGACGAAAUAUAACCGGAGAAAGACACCAGACAACAUAUUAUCGUAAUACUUGUCCCGACAAACCGGGCACGCAUUUUGGAAAUUGUUACAGUAAAUAUCAAACAAAGGAAAAAUGCUAUGAUUAAUGUUUACGAAAUUAUGUUUCUAAAGGUACAAAAAUACGCAAAAUAUUAAAAUAUAAAAAUUUUAUGUAGUAAUUUGGAUGUAUAAUCAUUUUAAGUUAGAGCUAAGGAAUUCAGCAAAAAUGCUCCAAAAUGUCUCGAGUGCAAAGGGUUAAUGUCCGUCGCAUUCGAAAACGCUGAAAGUAAUGAUGUGUGUUAAAAAUGUUGAAGUAACGCUGAGACAAUUAUGGGCAGCUAAUUCUUCGAUCUGACUCAUUGUACAUCGUCGGGAAAUCGAGCGUCGUUUGGUUUAUAUUAAACCAGUCGUAUUAAACUGCAUCUUAAACCCUUUCUCUACGGGCGGAUUCUCCGCCGCGGUACUCCCGCUGAAGGGGCCGCCGCACCAAAAAUGUGCACGGUGCUCGAAUAAGAUCAUCAGCGACCGCGUUUACGCUUCACAGCAACCCGAGUUGGUUUGACGGUGUUUAUUGAAAAAAAUAACUUUUCACAAAUUAACCCUUUCGCUACGGGAGUGUUCUCCGCCAUGGUACUCCUGCUGAAUGGCUGUAGUCGCCCGUAGUACGUCAGUGGUAUUUUAUACAGAGCGAUUACAGUCGCCCGUAGUAACGAAAGGGUUAAUCUAAGUCCCCGUAUGGACACUUUGCGAUCGAAGUGGUACUCUACGAAUUCUCACAUCGUGACCACGAUUUAUUGUAUAGACUCGUCCUAGCCACUGUAAAUACAUAUACACGGACACCCGACUAAUUGUAUUUCGAUCGAAAAUAAACGCGGACAAGUACGCAUCGCCGUUAGCGGCACAUGGCGAGCGAUGUGUAUCCAAGAUACAAUGAAUUCAGUGUAUAUACAAUUGGAAAGGUUUAUACUGGGAACUUUCUACUAUGUCAGUACGAGAGAAUCGUUUGUACCGAGAGUAAUAAAACAGUUGCGAAUUGCGGUUACACGGAA